GCCGUCAUCGGCACCACCCACUGAACACCAACAACAACACCAAUUAAUUAAUUACUUCUAAUACCACCACCGCCAACAUGCACCCGCUCGCAACCCUGCUCUGGGCGCUCGUGUCCUCGCUGUCGGCAGCGACCAUCACGUUCCAGGUGCAGCGGUCGAGCAACCCGACGGCGGACGAGCAGGACGCGUACGCGCGGAUCGAGGCGGCCAUGAGCGCGGCGGCGGCGCGGUACAACCGGCUGGCGCCGCGGGCGAACAAGGCCAUCACGGUGCAGUACGUGCCGUCGGUGCCGACGGCGGACGGCAACUUCAACGGAAACAUCCGGUUCGGCUCCAACCGGGCCUACAUGACGGAGCGCACCGCCCUGCACGAGACCGCCCACACCCUCGGCGUCGGCCAGACGCGCGCCUUCGACGACCGCUGCGCCGCCGGCAGCGCCGCCGGCUGGCCCUCCGCCACCGCCCUCCUCCGCUCCUGGGACGGUCCGGACGCCGUCAUCAACUGCGGCGGCGGCCACUUCUGGCCCUACGGCCUCAACUACGAGUCCGAGAUGAGCGAGACCAACGCGGACCGCCACUGCCUGCUCGUCAACGCCAUGCUCGCCGACGGGCUCGCCGGUUAAGUUACUCAGGGAGAGAAAAUAGAGAAAACAGAAUAAAAUCUGGGGGGGGAAGGAGGAAAGAGAUAUAAAGAUAAGAGGAUUCUCUUUCCCGUCUGAUUAGUAGCAUUGACGAAACCCAUUACAUCAUGUUUUUAGUUGUUAUAUAUGAUAAAUCUAGGCGCCCGCGCCACCGCUCGACCCAUAUG